CUGGGGUUAGGUUCGAACACAUGGACAAAGUUGGCGCGAAACCCUAAAAAAUCGAAAUUAAAAUUUAAAAUCCAUUAAACAUAACCUUUAUGUCGUGUAUUUGUGAAGUGAAAACCCAUAUGAAAACAAUAUAGUGAAAAUAGAAAAGUGAAUUUGUUUGUAGUUGAUGUUGAUUUUAAUUCUAUUGAAAAUUAUUAAGGUUUAUCAAUAAAAUAUAAUAAUUUAACGUUUGGUUACUUUACUCCAGUGGAAAUAUAGUAGAAAUGGAAGAAGAACAACAUCAUAAAGCAUUAAAUUUGGAUAUUGGACAGCAACAGAACUUCGUUAGAUUCUACAAUGGUCUUUCUGAGAAACCUGUAUCCACGGUACGAUUUUUCAACCGAACAGACUAUUAUACUGUCCAUGGCGAUGAUACGUCGAUUGUGGCCGAAUUUUUAUCUACCUCGGCAAAAUACAUGGGCAGUAUACCAAAGUUAAGCUACAUAUGUUUAAAUAAAGCCCAAUUCGAAUCGAUUCUGAGAGAAUUGCUACUCAUCAGGCAGUACAGAGUCGAAAUUUACGUGAAAACCUCUUCGAAGAACAACAAUGACUGGGAUUUGGAAUACAGGGCGUCCCCAGGAAAUUUAACGCAAGUGGAAGAUUUGCUGUUCGAAAAUGCCAAUUUUGAUUUUACUAAUUCUGUUAUGGGAAUAAAAAUAAUACAAAAUAAGGUCCUAGCUAUCAGUUGUAUUAACAUCACAGAUGCGAAAUUUGAAGUAUGCGAAAUAAACGACAACGAAUCUUUUUCGGAACUCGAAGGUAUAAUUGCCCAAAUAGGACCGAAAGAGUGCAUCAUUCCGAUAGGCGAAUCAGUAGAUCUAAUUGCGAUAAAAAAUCUUCUCGAACGAAACGGUAUAUUAGUAGCCAGAGUAAAAAAUUCAGAAUUUACAAACGUCGAUGUUGAACAGGAUUUAAAGAGACUUUUACAUUUUCAAGAAGAUCAACCAAGAUCUUUAGCUUCGCACAAAGAGAUCGAUUUGAAAAAUGCUAUGGGAUGUUUACACGCUUUGAUCAAAUUUCUUAACCUAACAGGAGAUGAAAAAAAUUUUAACCAGUUUAAAUUAAGCACGUUUGACUGUCGUAGGUUCGUGAGAUUAGAUAAUGCAGCUCUGUAUGCUCUAAACAUAUUUCCGAAAGUUACUUCACGUAGCAUGAACUCAGACAAUCUACAAUUAUUAAAAAGUUUCAGUGUAAGAGGCAUAUUAGAUAACUGCGUUACUCCACAAGGUAGUCGACUUCUUGAACAAUGGAUAAAACAACCGUUGAAAGAUUAUAAUUCGAUCAACGAAAGACUAGAUAUUGUCGAGGCGAUAUUGAAAGAUCCAGAAGUUCGUGGUCAACUAAAGGAUUGGUUACCUCGAGUUAUCGAUCUGAUGCCUAUAGCAAGAAAAAUGUCUUGCAAGAAAGCUAAUCUCCAAGAUUGCUAUAAAGUUUAUCAAGCUGUGGGGAGCGUGGCGCAUAUAGUGAAUGUAUUAAUGAAUUUAAAAAAUAAAUGCGUGAAGGGUCUACUUACUGAUCCAUUGGGAGAAAUUUUUUCUGAAUUACAAAAUUAUCAGAGUAUGAUAGAACAUACACUGGAUUUCGAUUUGGUAAACCGAGGAGAGUUUUUUGUUAAAGGUUCAUUUGAUGAAGAAUUAAAUGCUUUACAGAAGAAAAAAGGAAAAAUAGAAGAAAAAAUGCAAAAAGCUUUAGGACAGGUAUCAAAAGAUUUAGACUUAAAAGGUGUAAAACUCGAUAGCAACGAGCAGCACGGUUACUUCUUCAGAGUCACCUUGAACGAUGAACCGACAUUGAGAAAGAGAAAAGACUAUAAAAUUUUAGAUGUCAUUAAGGGCGGUGUUAGAUUCGUAAACAAUCAUUUAGAACAACUAAAUGAAAUGUACCAAAAUCUUAAUGUGGAAUAUACCGAAAGACAAAAGGCUGUAUUAGGCGAAGUGUUUGAAGUGGCCGCUGGAUAUGUAGAGAGUUUACGAAACUUGAAUAUAUCAAUUGCCACAGUUGACGUUUUAACAUCCUUCGCUGUAGCGGCCAUCUCAGCAAGAAUACCUUAUGUUAAACCAAAACUUCACAAAGAAGGCUCAGGAAUUUUAAAGCUCAAACAAAUUAGACACCCAUGUCUCGAAGCUCAAGAUAGUGUUUCUUUUAUUCCAAAUGAUGUUACGUUUAACGCAGAAGAAAAAUUGUUGUACGUCAUUACAGGACCAAAUAUGUGUGGUAAAAGUACUUACAUCAGAAGCGUAGGUAUAUGUGUUCUCAUGGCCCAUAUCGGCAGUUUAGUACCUUGUAGUCAUGCUGAUAUUUCCAUAGUGGAUGGUAUAUUAGUUAGGGUGGGAGCGGACGAUUGUCAGCUAAAGGGCCUCUCAACUUUCAUGUUAGAAAUGAUAGAAACUUCAUCAAUUAUAAAGAGCGCCACUAAUAAUUCACUAGUAAUUAUUGACGAACUAGGAAGAGGAACGUCUACUUAUGAUGGUUGUGGUAUAGCUUGGGCAAUUGCAGAACAUCUUGUCAAAGAAAUAAAAUGUUUUUCCCUUUUCGCCACGCACUUUCACGAAAUUAAUGAACUAGCCGAGAUGUAUGGUAAUGUUGGAAAUUUGCACGUUUCUGCAGUUGUUUCUGAAAACGUUAUUACUCCACUUUAUUCUGUUCGAGAAGGAGAAUGCGAUAAGAGUUAUGGAAUACAUUGUGCCAAAAUGGUGGGCUUUCCGGAAGACGUCAUACAGGAUGCUGUAGAACAUCAGAAACAUCUAGAACACCAAAGUGGAAUGAAACUGUUAACCAAUUUUAAUCAGACAGAAAAGCGAAAAGUAAUUUCAGAAGGUGACUUAAUAGUGAAGAACUCUAUCAAGAAGCUAAAGGCACUGGAUUUGGAUAAUAUGAGUGAUGAAGAUCUAAUGAAUGAAAUAAGUAAAAUUAAAAAAGAAUUAUCCUCAGAUGAUAAUUUGUUUGUUAAAG